GGCAGAGCCCAGUACACGGGGUGUUACAUCAUUGGGAACAGUUUCGCUCCCCUGUUCCAGGGCGAUGGGCAAUGAGCUUUCAGGAUAGGAAUGGUAGGAAAUCUCAAUUUAUUCUAUUUUAUAGUAUUAUCAUAUAGAAGUUUCUACUAAGCUUGAGACUUAUAUAUCCUUCUGCCUCUGAGAAUCUCUCGAAUUUCCACAGGCACCUGGGCCACAUCAGGCACUGUUUCUCCCCUGCUUAAGAUCUUUCAGUGGCUUCCCAUCACCUACGAAAUAAGACAAGCUCCUACUCUUAGAAUAUAAAGCCCCCUGCUAUCUGGUCCCAGCGUGCCUCUCUGCCUGGAUUUAUCAUUCCCUUUUCUGGUAAUACUAAAUUACUAAUAAUUCUCUCUCACACCACGUUUACAUCUCUGUGCUUUGGCUCUUUACAUGAAACUCCCUUUCCAUCUUCGUUGCUUCGUAAAAUUUUAUUUACCCAGGACUCUGUUUAGGCAUCCCCAGCAGGAGGAAAGCCUUCACUGGACCCCCACCAGUGUUUAAAAUGUCCUUAGUUCAUCCUCUCCUAGCACCCUGUGAGUUUCCCAAUUUUAUGAUCACUUUCCAUUUUAUAUUUAAACGAUCUGUUCAUUUGCCCAUUUUUCACAUAAACAAUCUAGGCUGGGAGAGGUGAUCAGGUCACAGUUAUCGUUGUAUCUCUAGUGCAUAGGUCAAUACCCGGCAUAGAAUAUUUUAUUUAAAUGAACUGACCUGACUUUCUUCUAGCUGGUUUUGUUCUGAGGCCCUGUCACUCAACUCCAUCUCUUAUCUCAGAAGUUGAAGGUCCCCCAUCCCAGAGCCAGCUGCAAAGUUCCCAGAGCUUGAAUGACACCACAGUCAACUGAAGAGUGGGUUGCCCUGAAUCGGCAGCCCCAGACACCACGGCCGGGGCUUGGAGCAGGGGCAGGAAGAUGGGGGCCAUGCCGUCCAGAUGCCUGUAUCUGUUAUGUCUCUUCACAUGCAAACUAUCCCCGGAAGUUGCUGCAGAAGUUCAGGAAUCCUCAGAUGGUCCCGGCGCCCGGGAACCCGUGCGGCUCACAGAUGUCCAGGCUGCCAUGGAAUUUGUCGCUGCUGCCGAGGUGACUGUCAUAGGCUUCUUCCAGGAUUUAGAAGUACCAGCAGUGUCCCUAUUCCACAGUGUGGUGAAAAAUUUCCAGGACGUGUCAUUUGGAAUCAGCGCCGCCUCCGAGGUUCUGGCCCACUACAGUGUUACUGGGAACAGCAUUUCCCUCUUUCGUCUGGUGGAUAACAAACAACUGGAUUUAAAGAGUGAAGACAUUGAAAGCAUGGAUGCUACCAAGUUAAGCCAUUUCAUUCAGAGAAACAACCUCCACUUGGUGACAGAGUAUAACCCUAUGGCUGUAAUUGGCCUAUUUAAUAGUAUGAUUCCAAUUCACCUUCUACUGAUGAUGAACAAGGCCUCCCCAGAGUAUGAAGAAAGCUUGCACAGAUACCAGGAAGCAGCUAAGCUCUUCCAGGGGAAGAUUCUUUUUAUUCUGGUGGACAGUGGUACGAAGCAAAAUGGGAAGGUGAUAUCAUUUUUCAAACUAAAGAAGUCUCAGCUGCCUGCAUUGGCAAUUUACCAGACUCUGGAUGAUGCGUGGGAUACACUGCCCCUAACGGAAGUCUCAGUAGAGCAUGUGCAAAACUUUUGUGACGGAUUCCUGAAAGGCAAGAGGUUGAGAGAAAAUCAUGAAUCAGAAGAAAAGACGUCAAAGAUGGAACUCUGAUUUCUCCCUCCUUCUUCUGCGUAGGACCAAGUAGCUACUUUAUGCCAAAUAAAAAGGGGUGACCCAAACCUCAGAGACAGUAAACAGGAUCACCAGGCUUUACACAUACACAUACACACACGCACACACACACACAGACACACACACACAGCCCCAGUUUGUUCCUUAAAAUCUCAUUGACUCUACUUUCCCUUUCUUUUAAAUUUCCUCUACUCUUUCACUACCCUUCCGAUUUUCUCUUCUGCAUUCAUACUGAGUAGGCCCAUGCACUGUCAUACAUACCACUGGAUGGAGGCUUUAUGAGAAAUACUGUGCUACUGCUAUGAAGGGGCAACAUUCCUAGAGGGAGAUUGUUCUGGUGUGUCAUUUGAUAUUGAAUUCGUAUACUGCACGCGACUUACAUACAACCUCUUGUAGGGUUGCCUAAGGGUUGAAACUCUGCUUUCCUCAUAAGCCCAUGUCCCUCUCUGACUCAGGGCCAAGGACAAAAAGAUGGUUUUAAAUGCCUUUGUGAAAUUGUCUUUUUGCCAGAAGUCAAAUGAUAUUUCCAAGUCUCUGAACUCAGCAGAAACAGACCAUGUAAAAUCUCUAUGCUUGUUUCGAGUUCCUAACUCCCCAUGUAAAUCAACAGCUGCAUGAUAAAUAAAAGGCCAUCAUGUUAUAGGAAAAGACUGGCAUCUCUUUGCA